GAGCUGCUUUCAGAGACGCAGAUGGCGCACUGUGACGUCAUAACGCAACCAGCGUAAACAAAGCAUGUCGCUAAGACCGACUCAAGGAAGAGAAAUGAACGGCCAAGCAGACGCCGAAGUCGACUACAAGCGAAAGUACAAGACUCUCAAACGAAAGUUGAAAUUUCUUGUUUAUGAACAUGAAUGCUUCCAGGAGGAGCUGAGGAGGGCACAGAGAAAACUGCUUAAAGUUUCCCGGGACAAAAGCUUCCUUCUGGACCGUCUUCUGCCAUAUGAGAGGGUGGAUGAAGACUCCUCAGAUUCCGACGCAACCGUGUCCUCAGACAACAGCGAGGCAGAAGUACUGCGGGAGAGGGAACGAGAACGGGAAGGAGCAAAGAAGCGAAGAAGUAACCCCAGCACGUGUCUACCGCCGUCAUCUUCUCCUCACCUCUCCCUGCUGUCCCGUCCUGGCGUACACCCGCUGCAGUCCUCCGCCUCUGGGACUUACCUCAACACUAUGCCCUUCCCACCUGAGUAUUUGGCUCCCCCUGCUGAACGAGUGAAGAAAGAGAGGAAAACAAAGGUGCCCAAAAACAAGAGAGAUCCCCACGGCCAGGUGGUCUCCCCCAUGACGGCCAGUUACCCAUCAGGCCCGGCGGCGGCGGCUUCGGGUGCCGGCGGGCCCUUCAGCUGGGUCCCCCGACAGAUGCUCAGCGGAGACGCUGCUGAGGAGGACGGCGAGAGCGACGUGGACAGCGAUCGAGGAGACGAAGACAGAGGCGAGGGGGACGAGGCCGAGCUUGUCAUUGACAUACCUAACGAGUGAGCCUAAUGUGUGUGUUUGUGUGAAUAUACAGUAUGUGUGUAAAUAUACAGUAAUCCCCAGCUAUUUGACGGAUGAGGACCAAGCUAAGAUGUUUAGAAUUUGCGCAUCAAACGCAUCUUCCAACAUUAAUCUGAAAAAAUAAUGUCUUAUGAUUUUUUUUAUUUUAUGGGGAUAAAAAAGCACCAUUGGUAAGUGUAAAUCCAAGUGUUAUUGACACUAUAACGACACGCUUUGACUUCCUGGGGCAAAAUUUGAGAUACCAGCCUCUAUGGUGCCAGUCAAUUCAACAGUACUCACUUCACAACUUGAACUUUUCGAAGGAGACUUUAUCCCCAUAUGCUGCUCCCAGUUUGAAAUUUGUCAAGCCAAACUUAAAACAAAUAAUUACACGUGUAUAUUAAAUUUUUACUGUAGCUAACUGUGUGACCAUGUCCAUAUCCAUAUACAUGUACAUACUGCCCCCUCUGGCAAAGGUGUGCACACCGGUAGGAGCAGCGCAAUGUCCAUUGAGCAAACAGAAAAACUGGUCAAUUCUUUACAUUGUUUUUCAUUCACUCCCAUGGACGCCUGUUGAACUCGAAUAUCUAUGUUAACAUGGAAGAAAGGGAGUGAAUGAGUUCAUAUUUAAUGUCGAUUUUAUCAACUACAGUAAUAUAAAAUGCACUAUUUAAAAGAAUUUUUGUGAGAAACAGGAACUAAUUAAAGGCAUUUCCAUUGAUUUCAAUGGGAACAGAUUAUUUGAGACCCAAAUGUUUGGAGUUACGAGCGUGGUUAUGUAUCUUGUAUUUCAAAACAUUGCUGUACUUCCUUGGACCAUUUAUUGUACAGUAAUGUCAUACUUUCCAGUUCAGAAAGGUUCCCCCCCAAAAUUCAAAUAGUUCACCACGAAUUUGUGGGGGAUUGCUGUAUGCUUAUAUGUGAUAUGUCCACUCUAAUUUAGUCCAUAAAUUGUAUCAAACUUCUACAGUAUUUCCAAAAUUCAGUUGCAAGGACUCCCCCUUGUGGAGUUCUGUCAAGUUGCAACAUAACUUUUUAAUCAGCCUCCAACAGAAAGAAUUAAAGCUGUCAACUUUUCUCGGGGUAUUUUAAUGUGCACUGAAACCUUUUAAUACGGCGACAAGAUGACAUUGAUUGAAUUGUUUACAACACUUCAGACAUGAUUUAAUAAAUAGCCUCUGGGGCUCUAUUAAAAUAAGUGUCAGCUUCAAAUGUCUUCAGACCAAACUGUAUGUGGGAAUCUAUUUUUGCAGCCCUCCAAACAGG